GGAAGUAGUCCGUCACUGAAAUGUUACCGUAUGGCGUCUGACAACAUGGCGGCACUCAGUGCGCUUUUUCUUUGGCGCCGCUUAGGACAUUGGGGCUGUCGUCGCUUUUGGCAGUUUAACAUGCACAAGGAGACGUGCAUUGUUCGGACAGUAGGCAGCUAUACGAAGACCAGCUUUGCCUCGUUGGUGGUCCCAUUAUCGUGUUGGAAGUCUGUGCAUAUGUUGGGCGGCCUGAGUGUUUUUGCAUUUUCACUUUUUACGAAGUCAGCUGAGGAUGAAGAAAAAAAGAAAGAAGACGAGAUUAUUCUGCUCCUUAAAAAGGCUAAGUUAAAUAUUAUGCAAGGAGAGCUGGAAGCUGCAGACAGAAUUCUGCACAAAGCGAUACGACUGGCUCAUGAGUCUCACAACACCCAAGCAAUCAUCUAUACGUAUGACAUGAUGGCAAAUGUAGCUUUUCUUCAAGGGCAUCUUCUCAAUGCCGAGAAGCUAUUCAAAGCUACUCUGAGUUUCCUCCUUGCAAAUGCAACAAAAGAGGAUGACAAUGCUGUUAUUGAGAUAUCUCUUAAGUUGGCCAGUAUUUAUGCAGCUCAGAACCGGCAUGACUUAGCUGUCCAGGGAUUUGAAUUCUGCACUUCGACUUUAGAGGAGAAAAUUACAAAGUUGGAUUCACUCUCAGCUGAAGAGCAAGACAACACUCGACUACUGCUAGGUUUAUGUCUGGAUUCAUAUGCACGCUAUCAGAUGUCACGGAGCCAGCUUGAAAGUGCCUGCAUCUCCUAUAAGAAAGCCAUCCAGAUCUCCUGUGAGGUGCAGGGACUCAGCCACCCACAGAGUCUGGUGCUCAUGAAUGACAUGGCAACUGUGCUGGAUCUGCAAGGUCACCAUGAUGACGCUUAUAAGGAGAUGAAGAAGGUGCUCGAACUGGCAAGAGAGACUGGGCACCCACAGCACCAUGCAUUUCUGGUGAACAUGGCUGGCAUUCUGAUGCACCAAGGGCAGCAUGACACUGCUCAGCAAUUCUACAAGGAAGCACUGAGUCUGGCACAGAAACUUGGGGAUGAGAUAGUGGUGGAAAAGGUACAAGAAGGUCUGGAGGAACUGGAAGAUAGAAGACGCAGAAAUAUUUAAUUCCAUUUAUUGGAAUAGUGGCUACUAUAGCAUUGCCCAGAGAAAGCAGGAAGGAACAAGGCCAUGUUGGUAAUGGAGAAGAGGGAGUUGAACAGUAGACAUAAACGUGCGAGUUUCAAAAUGUCAAGCGGAUCAUUUGAAAAGCGCGAUAAAGAUGUGCAUACAAGAAAAUCUUAAUAUAUUGUUACUUGAUAAGGUACUCCAUUAUCCUUGACUAUUUCAGGUUAACUCGGACUUCUUCUUAGGCACCACUCAUUCUUUUGAGAUGUGCAAAUAAUUAUAGCCACAGAAUCUGAAAAAUGUAGACAACAGAAAUAAUUAUAAAGAGACAUUUGUGUGUAAUGGAAUGUCAGCCACCUUCAUUAAGCUGCUAUGGUCUGUGGAAAGUGUAAAACAAAUGAAGUGUGUCCUGUGUUUGACAUUCUCACUGCGAGUAAGAAGAGAUAGGAGACGUUGUCAAGUUUUGAUUUUGCUGUGUUUCCUAUAACGUCAUACAUGUAAGCUCCUGUUGCCAGUCGUAACCUACAUGAAGUUUCUAUUUGCUUUCUUAACCCUGGACAGAAUAUGCAGGUUAUUGUACAUUUUUUCACAAUUCAAGACGGGUGUAGAAAAUGUAAAGGAAAUUCCCAACAGUACUGAAGUGAAUGGAGUCUGAAUGUAGCUGAAAGGACAUGUGGUUUCAACAACUUGUGCUAACAGAAUUUCUAGUUAGAAGGAAAUCCUGCUGCUGGCUUUCGUAAAUGACCUCAUCACGCAUGUGGAGAAGCCUGCAUGGUUGCAAACAUCGUUAUCUGAUGGACUUGGAGACAGAAUGUGAUUGACUGAAUGGUCCCCUCAUUUGUCAAAUGUUUUUUGUGUAUGGUCUAAAAGCGUAUUAUAUUAAAGAUGCAUAGAAAAUA